UACUACCUCGAUCUAAUCCAUGCUAUUCUCUACCUGAGCGCAGCGACGAAAGAUUUCGAGUACGACUGUAUAAUCCACGAAGCCAUAUUUAGCAAUUGCCUCGGUACUGCUGAUAGGGAAGUUGAUGAGAAUGCUAGACUUUUCAAAAGAGCGUUGGCUCUGAUGGCAAAUGACAACAUAUUAAAUCCUUUUGAUGGCACGGAGGGAUAUUAUACGCUCAAUCCAGACUGUCCAACCCAGGACUAUCUAUCCAAAACACCAGUCAAUUUUCUAAAUGCCCGAUAUUGGGUUUGGACAAUCUCUCCAACACGCACACCUUCAGAAGAGAUUGAAAAGCUGAGAAUGUUCCUAGAUGAGAAACAGAAAACAGUCGACAUCCUCUGGUCACCUGAGAUCCACUUCAACAAAUGUCUUAGUGAUAGGUAUGACGAGGAAGAUGCUGCGCUGAAGAAAUCAGUCGAACAAUCAGAAGCACGCGCGCCGCUACCAGACAGGAUCAUAACUAAUCUUCUAAAUCUCCGUAAAAAGAUUCCUGAGGAUCGGUUCCAAGUCUGGGACGAUCUCGCUCGCACCGCCGAGCCCCGUAUCGCUCUGCGUCUGAAAUGUCAUGAUUGCGGAUAUCGGUCACAAACAGAAGGAUUUCAAGGAGAAAUCCUUGCUGAGAACAAGCUCUCCCUUGAACUUUGGUGGGAACAGCUUCCCUUCCACUUCGACAGUGAUCGUCAUAUGAUGGCCAAAGAUUCAAAGAUGAUCAAAGCUAAUAAGUCAAUUGCCAGAACGUCUUCAUUACACCGGAGAUUAGCAAUAUUGGACGACAUGGUCAAAGAAAAACGAUACACUCCAUGGGGAUACUCUCAUUCAGUCACUCUCGUAGCUUGAAGGGUUUGGUCCAACCGCGAAUCUUCAAUAUCGAGAGAUGACGCAGCAAAAACUCCAGAUGUGGAUGAAAUAUUGGCCUCUAGCUCAGACAAUCAACAUUCAGGUCUCAAGCGUUCUAGUCGAGGAAUGAAUGACGGAAACGAUCCGGAUGAAGGAAUGAGAACUAAAAGGGCUCGAAAUUCCCAUCAAUGACGAGCAGCUUAUUCGCGGAGCUGGCACACGUGAAAGUACAAUUGCUCAAGACACCGUUGAACUCAACAUGGACGAUAGUUCAGGCUGCGCACUAGCGUGAUCAUUUCACCUGUUCAAGGUGCAUCAGCCGACAAUCGACCACGGCAGGUCGCUCAG